AUGGAUCCCUUCAAUCAUAGUCUCGCACCAUACACGCCGAACCCGCCUUCCACUAAGCCGACUCCCUACCCCCACGCAUUCGGCGCCUUUCACUCAAGCCGCCAGACCCCCAAUCCGAACUAUCCCAAGAGCUUCGACCGCAAGCCCACCAACUCGACGUACUACCUGACCUUCUCAAGCUACUACGUCCAGCAUCUCCGCCCCUCCCCUCACUGCACGACACGCAACCCGAACUACGAAAUCUACCACAAAACAACCCCAGCGUCCCACGACCGAGUACACGACAUCGCCAUUCUCCGCGAGGACGUCGACAAGCGCGGAGGCGUCGCCGUCAUAAAUUACAUCCGCGAUACCCUCACGACACUCAUCACCUACCCCAAGACGGGCCUGACGCAAGAUCUCGUGUGCGACCCGUCAAGGUUCGACGACGACGACCGCACCGGUGCCGUGGUCCACAUGCGGGACUACCUCGUCCGCAUCGGUCACGAGUGCUGCGUCUGGCAGCCGCUGGGGCCGGCGAGGGCAAGCAAAGACGGAACGAUCGUGGGCUUGAUGGAGCUUCGCAACGUCAGGGAUGGGAAGCUGGGGGCGGUUCUGGGCAGCGAGCUGGUCGAUGGGCCGGAUACCAAGAGACGCGUGAUGGUGAGGGGGGAGUGGGCGCCUGGGAGUGCGCCAUUCGAACAAGUCAUCGCCAGUCUAGUCGCAAUGCUGGGCCGCGAGUGCGACAGGGUAGAGCUAGUCAAGCAGAGGUGCGGGUUCAUCUUGCCGUAG